CAAAUGCAUAAAAUAUGGUUGUAAAAAAUUGAGAACUAAACUGUAAACAUUCCAACGGAUAUCUUUGAAAACAUAGGUUGAAUCUGUGAUCCAUGGGCCUACAAAACGAACAGGAAAGUGAUCACUAAAUCGCAAUAAUAGAUGUCGAAAAUCUAUUUCAAACAAUAAUUCAUGAUAUUUAUGCUGCCAUUUCUCUAUGUCUCGUGGACACACACUAUCAAGGUAGAUAGAGAAAAGCGGGUAUCACCAAUUUUUCUUAUUAUUUCUUUACCCUGACUGAGUUUUACCACUUAAUUUCAGUUCAUAGUCGAAGAAACAGAUUCUACGCGCUACAUCACAAAGAUUCAUUGGGUGGCUGAGUCGGUGAAUGAUAGAGUUUGAAAUUCAUCGCUUCAAUAUCUACAUACUAAUCCCUACGUUUCUUCGUAGUCGAGCAAUCUACUGUUUUCACGAAAAAUUGACAUCAUUAUUCAUCUCACAGAGAAAUAGCAAAUAUAGAGAUAUUGAAUGGAAACAUUGUUAUGUGUCAGAUUAUUGCCACUAGACUGAUCGAAAACAAAAAUAUUUUUGUUUCAAAUAUUUUUAUUUCAAAACUAAUUUUGAGAUACCACGGGUUUUACCGGACGAGGUCUGCCGGAAAAACCUCUUCGGAAAAAUUUACUUUCUACAUAGGUAAAUGUCCACGAGCUGCUCUUUUCAACGGUGAAAACCGCAAAAUUAAUUCAUUGAUUUGUUCAAUUUUUGUUAGACCACAACUAGCCAUAUCAUCGCAUGCAAGAGCAAACAUUUCUCUACAAAAUGAGAGGCUGCGCAACUCUGAGUGAGGCUUUAUAGGCCACUUAUAACAAUUUUCGUGGAAGCCCUAAUAUCAGUUUUUAACUGCUGCAUGUCUAGAUGAGGCUGAGUCACAGAACUAGAAAUUUUUAAAAAGUUAUAAAGAAAGAGCGACUGUUAAAGUAGCAAUGCAAACGAAGAAAAUGGGUCGUUGUUCGACGAAAGGUACCCAUUAUUUUUUCAGAGCAGUCAUUGGUAAACCUGUUGUAUGUCGAGCGCAAAAACAGCAUAGGAGCUUCCGUAUGACUUUGUUUUGAAUUCGACCAGGUAUGCUUGAGAAACAAUAGAAAAUUCCGUUUUUGAGAAUACCGGCUCGUUUACACAAAAGCCAGUCUUUUCAAAACUAAGCAUCAUGGAAGACAAGAUCUAUAUUUGCUACCUCAAAGAACAAGAGAGAAAGAAACCGGAGCUGGCGUUGUAGUUGAGUUACGACCCUGUCCAAAAUUGUAUUGCAGACUUGUUUGCAAUCGCAAGGCAUCAAUGCUAACUUGAGUCCUGAAGCCUUAGAUCCGUUUUGAAAGGUAGCGACACUAGGUCUCACAGGUUUCAAGAGCCUCGAUAGUUGAUUUUUACUUUAGUUUUUGAGAAAAUAAAAAAUUUUCAAAAAGCAAGUUACAGAAAGUUUUUAUUGAGCAGAGUUCAGAUUGAUUUUUUAAAAUUCGUCCCAUAGAUUUUAUUUCAUCCCAGAACUGAAAUAUUUUUGAUACAAUGCAGACUCUUUUGAAAAUCGGGAAAAAGAUGUUUUAAUAAAACGGCAAAUUUUCUCGUAGGUUCAGAAUUUUGGUCAAAAACCGGUUUUUAUCCUUCUUUUUAAAGGAAACUCUUUCACGUGCCAUAGAAUAGUUUUUCAAUGUUAACAGACCCAUUUGCUUAAAACCUUCAGGACGAUGAUCAUAUAUUAAUUUUUAAGAUUGCGGUUUUCAGCAGACGAUAUUCUAUCUCAAGAAUUUCUGUUUUCUUCGUUCCGAGUUUGAUUUGUAAUGAUAAAAGAAAUUCCACCGAGGUAAGUUCAGUCAGCCAUGCUUUUUCACCACGAUCCCUAUGCAUUGAAAACCAUUUGCAGCUAACAUCGAUCUCUGCCUCCGAUCCGAUUUCGCUGAUUUUGCAGAGUUAUAAACUAUAAGUGACUUGUUUUAAGUAAUCUUUCAAAAGAAAAUCGCAACCAAUUAUUCUUUGUAUCCUUCUAAAAGGUCCCAAAUGGUUACAUGUUUAUUUAUCAUCCCCAAAACAAAUGCUUGAGCAAUGUAUAUUCUUAGCUGAGCAAAAUUCAUUUAAAGCUAUUGUUGUUACAUGUGAUCGAAUUCGAUCAAUUUAUCGACCAACGUUUAUUCAAGCUGUUGAUCGUAAACAAGAUAAAAUUUUAGAGGAAUUAUUGGUAACGCCUCAUGACGGGAGUAAACUAUUAAAAGAUAAUCAAAUAUUAGAUGAACGUACACCAGAUGAAAAUUUAACGUGGAAGAAAUUUCAAUGUAAUCAUGGUGGUCGACAAGUGGAUACAGGAUUACCAGCUAUUGAAUGUUUGAAAGAUAUUGUAGAUUUUGUUAAUGGUCGUUGUGAAAUAUUUAUCGACAGUGGUAUACGAACGGGAACAGAUAUUUUAAAAUGCUUGGCUUUGGGUGCUAAAGGUGUUCUAAUUGGUCGUCCUAUUUUGUAUGGUUUAGCAUGA